CUUCCGUUAUUCAUUUAUAAUACUUAUAAUAUGAAUAACACAAAUAUGUACAAACAUAUUUUUUUUUUAGUGCAAAGCACACAUAUUUUCAUUUAUGUUCUCUUUUAUAUUUUGCACUACAACAUAUGCGUUUUAAACAUUCUCUUUCUGGCCACCACGGGACUAAACAUAACAAAUAGCAGCAGCAUGAAGAAUCGAAGAGCUAUGAUUAGGCGUGUACAGGAAAAACUUAUGUGAUUUGCAACUAAUGCCGGCUAAUUCAUAUCUGCUAAAGUGCUCGCUUUAGUUGCUGGCUUACAUAAAAAAUGAACCUUAAUAGGGUGCCGCCACGCAAAAUUUUUUUAUUCCAGGGCUGCCAUCGCAACAAAGUUUCUACAGCAACGAUUUGACUAAUUAAAAGAUUACCUUUUGGCCAAAUUAAAGUGCUCUCAAGAUUCUAAUGAAUUUAAAAAAUCAUUCGCAUUAUUUGUUCGUUCGUAUUGGAUAAACAGUCGUAGAUUUGAAAAAAGUUUAUAGAAAAAUACCAAUGGUGGUUAAAUAAUUCAUUUAAAUUUAUUAAUAAUCAAACAAGUAAAACUGGACGCCCUCGUCAAGAAUUUAAUACAUAUUCGGAGCAAACCAAAAGAUUAAAAACUAAAGGAUUAAAAAACUAAGGUCAGUGGGAAAUAAAGAAGGAGCAAAAAUAUAUUAAAAAAUAUCGUGGAUUAUCCAAUGGCCGUACGUUAUGAAACAGCUCUUGCAGUGGGAAAUAAAGAAGGUGCAAAUAUAUUAAAAAAUUUUGUGGAUUAUCCAAUGGCCGUACGUUAUGAAACAGCUCUUGCAAAAGAAAAUUCAUUAAUAUUUUCAGAAAAAGCAUUGGGAAUGGUCAUUGAUGGUCAGCUAUCACGAUUUAAGUACAAUGUUGUAAGAUCGAAAGCUCCACAAACAUAUAAAUGUAUACGACAAGCAAAAAAAUAUUGUUAUCCUACAAAUAUUAAUGUUACUGAAAGUUCUGCAUUUGUACCGUUGCAAGAUUUAUUAAAUCACACAACAAAUAGACUUAUUUUGUCAAUUGGUGUAAAGAAGUUAAUAAGCUUACAAAAUAAAGAACUAGUAUUGUUAACAAAAUGGGGAUUUGAUGGCACCACUGGCCAUACGCAAUACAAACAAGGGUUUUUAGAUAGAAAUAAUAGCGAUUCUCAUCUACUCAUUACAAUAAUAUUCCCCUUACAGCUUUCCUAUAAAGAUAACAUAAUAUGGAAAAAUACGAAACCAUCAUCUACUUGCUACUGCAGGCCCCUUAAUAUUCAAUUGCUCAAUUCACAAUCGAUGUUGUAGCGUUGUAUGCAUUGUAUAUCAGCAGCUGCUACAAUAGUCAUAACAAUGUUGUUGGUAUUUUCUAUGCAAAAGUUCUAUACAACUCU